CUCUGUAAUCCGUUUCCAUGGUAUCCGAGAGAACGUGCUCGCGAGGACGACGAAACGAGCUGAUCCCAGCUUCAUGCCUUCGCCGAUGUAACACCCCAUGUGUUAAUUAUAGGGUCAAAGCAUUUCAUUAAGCAUAAUGAGUAUCAUAGCAUUGCAUCAAUUUCAAAUGCUGUUAAGAAAAUGGGGUUUUCAAAUUUUCGUUGGGUUGUUCUCUAACGGGUGUCAGUGGCUCUGUUGGUUUUCCAACUUGCGGGCCUGCACGUCAUCCUCCUUUCUUUUCUCUGCCCCUUUCCUCGGAUCCUUCUGUUUCGGACCGCCGGUGACAAGUCUAGUAUCUUGCUUGCUGGCAUGGGCUAUCCGCCAUUGUAGUGUAAGCAAAGCAAGAUCCCAUUGAUCACCUCCAUAAAAACCCUCCAGGAGUUCUUGAUCUCGUCUCCCUACUCCCAAUAUCUCGUAGCCUGCCGGCAGGGAAGCCAUCCUUUGCAAGCUGCGGCGGUGCCAUGGCGUCGGACCGUGGAGAGGUUGACACCUCCCGCGCGUUCCGGUCUGUCAAGGAGGCGGUCGCCGUGUUCGGGGAGCGCAUCCUCGUCAGGGAGGCACAGUUGAGGCCAAAUGGUAUUACCCAUGGCAACCAUCGGGCUGGCAGGGAGGUGAACCUCAAGGCGAACGUCGUCGCCGUUGCCGCCUCGGAUGCGAAGCUUGAGCGGACUGAUGGCGUCAGGGAUUCUGUUGGUCUUCAGCCCAGGGAAAGCUACUCCAAGCCAAGUGUCAGCUUCAAUGCCAAGCAAGAAGGGAGUAGCAGCAACACGAAGACUGCUUCAAACGAACUACCGGUGCCGGUGCCAAGGCCCGUUUCAGAAGACGUGCCAAUGUACUUGGUGCCUUCCUCGCCGCCGUUCUUCGCAUCAUCGCCGUCGCUGGCGAACGACGACGACGAUGAGCAAGCAGAGCGCAAGGAGACCGACCUCAUGGUCAUGAGCACCAUCAAGAAGCUGGAGGAAGAGGCGGCGAGGACGAGGCAGGAGGUGUCGCAGCUCAAGUGGAGGCUGGCCGAGAUGGAGCUGUCCAUGGCGACGCUGAACGCCAAGCUCCACCGCGCACUCUCCAAGGUGGCGCACAUGGAGGCCGACAACGCGGCGGCGGCGCGCGCCAGCAUCGAGAGGGGCCGCAGCGGCGACGUGGCGCUCGCGGUGUGGGCCGAGCGCCGCGCUCCCAGCAGGCCGCAGUUGGGCCACCUGCUGAGGCUCGGCGGGGCCGACAGGGAGGCGGCGGUGAUGAGCGGCGGCGGCGGCGGCGGUCGGACAGUGGCGGUGCCGUCGAGAAGGAAGGUGCAGAAGCAGAAGCCGAUCGUGCCCCUGGUUGUUCCGCUCAUCAAUGGCGUGCUGUUCUCCAAGAAGAGGAGGAUGAAGGACAAGGAGAGCGUGUACAUGAAGGAGCUUUACAGCUUGCUUAGGCUGAGUUGAUCACUGCCCACCAUGCUAAAUCUGUGGCUAAACAAUGCACAUGAAGUUGUAUUUACCAACUAAUUCUAAAAUUGUCUUCUUAGUUUC